ACAGCAGGGAAGAAGAAUUUCUCUCUUUCAUAGUUCAUUCCAAGUACUCGUGGAGGGGAGGAGGAAAAAACAAAUAACUUUUAAGAAGCAAAAAAAAAAAACCCAAAAAAAAAAGAACAAGAAAAUGGAAAAAAAAGCAACACUCGUCUCUGCUGUUUCUCUUAUUCUCGUAGUGGGCGUUGCCCUAGGCGUUGUUGCUUAUGUCUCCACCAACAACAGCGGAAGCGACAACAGUGAAAGCAACGACAGCGGUCAAGUUUCGACCCAUACUAAAGCCGUGCAAGCCGUGUGCCAAAACUCCGACGACAAGAAGUUUUGCUCCGACACUUUAAGCUCCGUCAACACCUCGGACCCAACGGCUUACGUUAAAACCGUUUUGAAAAAAACGAUGGACGGCGUCAUCAAAGCCUUCAACCUCAGCGACACACUCACCGUCGAACACAGCAAGACCAACUCCUCCGUCAAGAUGGCCCUGGAGGACUGCAAGGACUUGUUAGACUUCGCCAUCGACGAAUUGCAAGCCUCGCAAGUCCUAGUCAAAGACAACAACGUCAACAACAUCAACGACGGCGUCUCCGACCUCAAAAACUGGAUUGGCGCCGUUGUCGCGUACCAGCAAUCGUGCCUUGACGGGUUCGACACCGACGCCGAGAAGGAGGUGCAGUCCAAGCUCCAAACCGGGGGCUUGGACUCUAUGGGGAAGCUAACCGCGUUAGCGCUGGACGUUAUUUCCAGCUUCGCAGAAUUAUUAUCCGGUUUCAACUUGAACUUGACGACGUCGGUAAAACCACCGACGUCGUCAUCUCGUCGUCUUCUUGACGUGGAUCAGGAUGGAUAUCCAUCUUGGAUAUCCAUGCCUGAUCGCAAGCUCUUGGCGGAUGCCAAGAAAGGCGAUUCGGUUCCUCCCAAUGCCGUUGUUGCCAAGGAUGGGAGUGGCCAAUAUAAGACUGUUUUGGAUGCUAUUAACUCCUAUCCCAAGAAUCACAAAGGCAGGUAUGUUAUUUACGUCAAGGCUGGUGUCUACGACGAGUACAUCACCGUUGACAAGAAGAAGCCCAAUAUUUUAAUUUACGGUGAUGGCCCCACCAAGACCAUUAUCACAGGUAGUAAAAACAUGAAGGAUGGCGUGAAGACAAUGAGAACUGCUACCUUCGCGACGGUUGCAGAAGAUUUCAUAGCAAAGUCAAUGGCAUUUGAGAACACUGCUGGUGCAAGAGGGCACCAAGCAGUGGCGCUUCGCGUGCAAGGUGACCGUUCGGCCUUCUUCGACUGUGCCAUACAUGGUUACCAGGACACACUAUACGCCCACGCUCAUCGUCAGUUCUACCGUAACUGCGAAAUCUCCGGCACAGUGGACUUCAUUUUCGGCUACGGGACAACCUUGAUCCAAAGCUCCAAACUCAUAGUGAGGAAGCCUGACCCGAAUCAACAGAACAUAGUGGUGGCCGAUGGCACGGACCAGAAGAACAUGCCGACAGGAGUGGUGCUUCAGAACUGCGAGAUCAUACCGGAGGCGGCGCUGGUCCCCGACAAGAUGAAGUUCAGAUCAUACUUGGCGAGGCCAUGGAAGGCAUAUUCAAGGGCCAUCUUGAUGGAGAACACCAUUGGUGAUUUUAUUCAGCCAGAUGGGUUUCUUCCAUGGAAUGGCAACCUGUAUCUUGACACGUGUUUCUUUGCCGAGUAUGCCAACACCGGCAUGGGUGCCGAUACUCAACGUAGGGUUAAGUGGAGUCGUGGAGUCCUUAACAAGGCCGAUGCCACCAAAUACACUGCUGACCAAUGGCUCCAAGCCAACACGUGGUUACCCGCCACCGGCAUUCCUUUCGAUCUUGGCCUCACUAAAGCUUGAAUUCCAUAAACAUACGUAUAUGAAUGCAUGCAAGCACGCAUAGAUUGCUUGCAUGCCCUGAUAGAUCAUUGUGUUUUGACCUUCAAGAAAAACAACCUCUAAUUAACUCCUUGUUAUAUAUAUAUAUAUAUAUAUAUAUAUAUAUAUAUAUAUAACCAAUGUUAAUUAGGUUUAGAAUUUUGUAGGAUCAUCACUAGAGAUUCAAAGAGUGCAUGCGAAUAUAUAUAGUACAAACUAAUAAGGGUACCAUUGUAUAUAUAUGGAUGAAGGGCAUGAGCAGAGAUUUACAUUGUGUGAAACCGAGGGAGACCCUAUGUAUAGUUUGUAUAUUAUCCCCUUAACUUGUCAGUUUAUUCAGGGUCUAGUCUUUCCUUCCUGUUUUUAGUGUGCUUUGGUUUUUACAAUUUUGUUAUUUAAAUAUUAAAUGAGAUAUUUUCAGCCAAAAUCAAGUGUA